AUGGCGGCAGGCGGCGAGGGCGAAGGCGCGGCCGCGGGCGUGUGCGCGCGGUGGCGGUGGCGGGCGGCGGGGCCGCAGGAGCGCACGCGGGCUCGUGCGCGAGGGCGGCGGUGCGGGCGCGGGAGGCUGGCGGCGCUGGGGCUGCUGGGCGCUGCGUUGGCCUCGGGCGGCGCUACCCUGGCCCUGCUCUGGCCCGCCGUCUUCCGCGCCAUCCUGCACAGAGAGCUGACGCUGACAGAGUCGUCCACCGCCUUCCGCAUGUGGAAGGAGCCCCCCGUUCCCAUCUUCAUAGAGUUCUUCUUCUUCAACUGGACCAACCCCGAGGAGCUGAACACGCCGGGCUCCCAGCCGCACCUCCAGGAGUGCGGCCCCUACGUCUUCCGGGAGGUCCACGAGAAGAAGGACGUGCAGUGGAACGCCAACGCGACCGUGUCCUUCUGGCGCCAGCGCCACUGGUUCUUCGACGCUGAGAGGUCGGGCGGCGAACUCUCCGACCAAAUCACCACGCUCAACGUCAUCGCCCUGACGGCCGCGUUCCAAACGCGCGACUGGAGCUACCUGAUGCAGACGGCGAUGUCGAUGGGCAUUGCGACGCUGGGCCAGCAGCUGCACGAGACGCACAGCGUGGGCGAGCUGCUGUUCGACGGCUUCGAGAGCACCCUCAUCAACAUGGCGCAGAAGCUGCCCGGCCUCGCCUCCAUGGACAUCCCGUUUGACCGCUUCGGCUGGUUCUACACGCGCAACGGGUCCGUGGAGGCCGACGGCCACUUCACCAUGCACACGGGCGUGGACGACGUGUCGCUGCUGGGCCGCCUCAGCCGGUGGAACGGCGCGUCGGCGACGCCCUUCUUCCCCGGGCCCUGCGGCCUCGUCAACGGCUCCGCGGGCGAGCUCUUCCCGCCCGGGCGCCGUCGCGGUGGCUCAGUCUCAAUGUUCUCGCCUGACCUCUGCAGCGCGUUCGAGUACGUGGCUGGCGCCGAGUUGCUGGACAACCAAGAACCUUGCUUCUGCCAAGGGGAGUGCCCGCCGCCCGGCGCGCUCAACGUAUCCACGUGCCGCCUGGGCGCGCCCGCUUUCGUCUCCUACCCACAUUUCUACCUGGCCGACCCGUGGUAUAGACAGCAGGUGGAUGGAAUGAGACCGCACGCCGAUAGCCAUCGGAACUACAUCACGAUCGAGCCAACUACAGGAAUUCCUCUGGAUGUGGCCGCCAGAUUCCAAAUCAACAUCCUUCUUCAAACAUACAAUUCCAUAGGGUUCCUGAAUGAUGUGCCGAAGAUAUACUUUCCAAUGGUGUGGUUCCAAGAACGUAUUUCAAUCACACCGGAGUUGGCGAAUUCUUUGAAGAUAUUGCUACUACUUCCUACAGGAGGUGUAGUAAUUGCUACAGUAAUAGCAGCAAUUGGUGCGAUAAUGAUUGCUGUUGUUGCUCUGUAUUGGAUUAAACCCACAAUUAGGUGGCAGCUGGAAUAUCACGGUACUGACAUUCCUCUCAAACCGCAAGACGACUCUAAGUAUUCGAAGUGUGCCGAUCGAGAGAUGGAAAGUAAACUGUUGCAGAAUCCGAAACAAAUCAGUGGAUGAUGGAUGAAUAUACAUAGGUUGUUUUAUAAUUGUACAAUGUUUACUGUUAUACACUUAAAGUGUUUUCUCACAUAAUUAUGUAUUAUGAUGUUAUUUACUGUUUGUAAUUACUUGCAAGACAUCUCUAAAUGUUGUUAUUUGUAUAUGAAAAAUAUUUUGAAACUGAAAUAUACAUAUUUAAUAGAAAUAUUUUAUUUGGACUUGAUAUUAAUCAUAGAAAUAGGUUUCACGAAAAUUUGAUUUGUAUUUCUGCAACAUUGGUCUUGCUUUCGAGGAAUUAAUUAUUAAUUUAACACCGUAAAUGCAAAACCACUUUUUUUUUUACAAUCUGUUUAAGGUUUUAAUUUUUAAUAACUGCUUAUGCUGCCUUUUCAAUUCAUUUUUCAAUGUCUAUGAGUGACUUUUCCUGACAAUCGCGAAAAUAUUAAACUACUAACAUUGCAUGUAGAUCAGCAAAUGUAUCAUAUUUAAUAGCCAUCACUUAAAGAACAAUAAAAUAUUGAUAAUUUAGUUAGUGAAAUAAAAAGAAAAUAUAUUUUAUACUUCCAUUGGAAAUUCUCACAGUAUGAGGCAGUCCGCACACAAAUGACCCUCCUCAAAAAAUUGACAUUUUAAGAUUACAGCUUUAAAAACCUGCUAAUAUAGUUCCACUAAAAGUGUAGUGACCCAACAAAUAUUAUCAGUUUAGUCAAGGCAAAGCAAGAGUUCAACUUGCGCUUUGUAUUCCAUUCACUAUCCUGGUGCAGUAACGUACAUUGUCAGAAAUUACAUUAAAUUUAAUGUAUUUUAAUGUAAGACUGUACAUUAAUUUUAAUGAAAGUUGUAUAUUAAAAGGAUAUUAAUGAACUUGAAUAUAAAAUUUAAUGAAAAUUUAAUGUAAGACAGUAAGUGAAUUUUAAUGUACCUUGUAUAUUACAACUAUAUGAAUGUGUGCGUACAUUCAAUUGAAUGUUUAAAUUAAAAUCAAUGUAGAUUUAAUGAACAUCAGUACAUGAAAUUUAAUGCAUAUUUUACAUUAAAGAGAGAUAAUUGUAAUACGACAUUAAAUUCAAUGUUUAAAUUAAAAUUCGCGCAGAAUUGAUUCACAGUUCUGAAACU